GCAUCGGUGUAAUUGCAGCAAAAAUUUAAAGUAUAAAUAGCGGGGUGGAUGCAUCUUGUGCAUCAUACCUUAAACAGCUUCACAAAAGCUUCACCCGUACGCAACUGAAUAUAUUUGCAACAUGAAAUACUUCCUCCUUCUAACUCUUGUGGCGGGGUCGGCGCUCGGUGACGUCAGUAGCUUCGGCCCGUACCAGGCGCAGCAGCCGAGCGGCCAGCAGCAGUACACCACCGAGCCCAUCCCCAUCAUCCGGCAAGAGCAGGUCAUCAACCCCGAUGGAUCUUACAAGUGGAGCUACGAGACGGGCAACGGCAUCGCGGCGGAGGAGCAGGGCUACGUGAAGAACCAGGGCGUGCCGGAGCAGGAGGCGCAGGUGGCGCAGGGGCAGUACCAGUACACCGCGCCCGACGGACAGCUGAUCCAGCUCACCUACAUCGCCGACGAGAAUGGCUUCCAGCCUCAAGGAGCCCACCUCCCCACCCCGCCCCCCGUCCCCGAGGAGAUCCAGAAAGCUCUGGCCUACCUCGCCACCCUGCCCCCGCAGGCACCCGACACCAGGGAGUACAGGAAGUAGAAACUUCUAGAUUACAUGAUUGAUUUGCGCAAGUACUAGCUGUGUGGGGUGCGGUAGACUUAGUGUGAUUGUUUACGAGAGAUGUGCUAUGCUACCAUGCUAUGAAUGCAUUUGAAAUCCACCAAUCAUAUUCAUUGCUUUAGAUAUGUUAGAACCACGAAAAUUGGUUUCUUUUUAAUUAUCGCACCAUAGCUGCAUAGCAUACCUCUGGUGGAAAGGCUGCCUAAGGUAGCAAUUUUGAACGUGAUUAUACACUUUUAAUGAUGUUUUUAUAAAGUUGAAAUUGUAUCUUAAAUUGCCAUUCAAGUAACAAUUUAUACUUAAAAACAUCAAGAAUGGUAAGAAAAUAAGUAAUUAUUGCACAGCUAAUACUUGUAAGUCUUCUGUUUAGUUCUGUCGACCUACGCUCUCAUGUUAUUAUACUGUUUUAGUUGUAAGCCGCCAUAGAAGCUAUUUGUUUUGUUAAUUACAGAGGUAAACACUCAUUUUGUUGUUGUGAUACUCAAAAAACUACAUGUCUAUUUAGUUUAAGGCUAGUUUAAUUGUUGUAUUUUGACGUCAAAUAUAAGUUAUGAUUCAAAUUGU